AUGGGCAGCCAAGCGACACGGCCGCGUGCCAAGGUCUUUAGCAGAAGGAGAGAAUGGCUAUGGCUGAAGCUCAGCGUCGGGAUCUGGCUACGACGCCGGCUGGGAGAACUACGACUCCUCUCAGUCAGCAGCAGCUCUGAAGUUGCACAGCGACAGGCAGUCCGCGAUCGAGAUGGCUCAGAACAGCAGGCCAAAGCGAUGUCCGCCGGCGCUGGAUUUGAGAGAAGACGUGGUCUGGCGAAGAUAUUCGAAUCGAAAGCGAAUGCAAAAGAAACGGUUGUCAGAUUCGGGGCCCUUGGCGAUGAUGACAUGGCAGCAUGUGGGCUGGCAGAUUCGGAAGGGAAUUCGAUAUCGAAUCAGCUGAUGAAUUCUGAUUUCGCCAAUGAGACUGCAGGGUGA